AAAAUUGCUGCACUUGGCUGCAAUUUGCAAUUAAACGCAUUGGAAUUAGUUUCUUUCCAGUUAUUUAUCGAGAUAAGACCGCAUAAUACACAGUAGGGACGACUUCACAGCCGGCUAACCUCUUUCAGGUUAGGUUAUCGUGCGAGCUGGAGUCAUUUUUAACAGCCUCGUAGCAGACGAAUUUGUUCCAGUGUUUAAACAAUGUCUUUAAACAUUAAUAGGCUGCACAAAGUGUCGCAGUUAUUUCAGCCGUUAAAUUAUUUACCGAAGGAUGCAAACGUUCGGAAUGAAAUUACGUCAAAAAGUUAUAAGCUUAUGAUCGAUAUGGGUAUUAUAAGGCAAGCUAACGUUGGCAUGUAUGCGUUGCUGCCUCUUGGAAUCCGUGUGCUUCAGAAAUUAAUUAAUCUAGUAGAUUACGAAAUGGCGCAUGUCGGAGCUCAGAAGAUGCUUCUUCCAGCGUUGACGUCUACGAAGCUAUGGGAGAAAACUAACAGGCUUAACAGUAAUUCCUCUGAAUUAUUCACACUUUUCGAUCGAUACGAUAAACAAUACAUCUUAAGUCCAACAUAUGAGGAGGCUAUUUCAGAGCUAAUAUGCAGCGUGGGUGUGUUAUCUCCGAAAGACGUACCUCUUAGACUGUAUCAAAUUUCUAGUAAAUGGAGAGACGAGAUGAAACCUCGACUAGGUCUUUUAAGAGGACGAGAGUUUAUAAUGAAAGAUUUAUAUACGUUUGAUAUAAAUCUUAACGAAGCUGAAAAUACAUAUGAGCAGGUCUGUCAUGUGUACCAGAAUUUGUUAAAACAGAUCGGAGUGGAUUUUGUGAAAGUUCUUGGAGACAAUGGCAUGAUCGGUGGUUCGAUAUCUCACGAAUACCAUUACUUAUCGUCAAUCGGAGAGGAUAUCAUUAUGUCAUGUGAAUCUUGUGGUUUCCGUGCUAACGCAAAUGUACAUGAAAAAUCCACGUGUCCAGAAUGUGAGAACAGUUUAAUGAAAGAUAAAGCUAUCGAAGUUGGUCACACAUUUCUUUUGGGCACAAAAUAUUCAGAGCCACUAAAUGCAACGUGUAUCGAUCAUGGGGAGAGGAAACAUUUAGUAAUGGGCUGUUACGGACUCGGACUGACACGCAUCAUCGCUGCAACGGUUGAACUUCUGUCUACAGAACUUGAAUUGAGAUGGCCAAAGCAUUUAGCACCUUUUAACGUUUGUAUAAUUCCACCCAAGGAAGGCAGCAAAGAGAUCGCAUCGAUGCAAUAUGUAGACAUAAUACAUCAAAUACUGAGUAGAUUAAAUAUCGAUACUAUUCUCGAUGACAGGAUAAACUUGACGAUAGGAAAGCGAAUGGUUUAUGCACGAAGAUCGGGUUACCCGUACAUCAUAGUGAUUGGAAAAUUAGCUAUGCAACCAGUGCCUCAAUUUGAAGUGUUCGAUGUCAACAAUGGAACCGAAUUGAUUCUAAAUAGUGAGGAAUUGUCAAAUUAUUUCAGUCAAAAUACUGAGUUGGACAUAAAAGAACAACGAGCACAGCUCUGAAUAAACGAGUAGAGUGUAAGUUUGUACAUAAUGAUAGU